AUGCAGCCCACACAAAAUCCGACCCAGACGCCGCAGCAAGAUCCGUUGCCAGACCUCAACACCCUCGCUACCAACGCCUUCUUCCCCUUUCCUUCCGCUGCCGGCGCCGCCAGCGCCGAGGGUGGGCAGCAGCAGAUGGCGACAGCGAACCUCUACGGGGCAUCUCAGCUCGAAUCUAUCAUGAAGGCUUCUGCCGGCGACGGCAAGAGCGCCUCGACAGCGCCGGAGCCAGCGGCUAACAACCUGCUCGGCCGUCUCACUGUCUCGACGCUGGCGGCGCAGAGCGCCACUCCCGGCACAUCGCCGCAGUCGCAGCCGUGCCCUGUCCCGCAGUUCACUCCUCUAGGCGCGGGUGCGUGCUCGAACGCGAGCCGCUCUUCGGCUCCGUCGUACAGCAGCGCUUCAGUGCCGAUCGGAUGCGGCCCGCAGAUGUGCAGCGGCGAUACCUCUUUCCUCUACCCAAACUUCGUCAACGAGAUGUCGUCUGUGACACCGCCGCAGUCUGUGCAGGGCCACACCGAGGGCUUUGUUGCCGGCGUCACUACCCCUCCGGCGAUGCCGAUGAACAGCAGCACCAUGAGCAACAAAGGCGGCUCCAUGAACGACAACACGAGCACCUCGCUCUCACAAGCCACGUCAUCGGGCAUAGCCACGUCUUCCGGCCAGCCGAACGAUGUCGAGGUGCGCAGCAACCUAUUUGUGUGUGGCUUGCCGGUCAGCGUUAGGGACAAGGAGCUGCUGGAGCUGUUCGAGAAGCACGGAGAGAUCGAGUCAGCUAAGGUGAUGCUCGAUAUCCACACUGGUCGCAGCCGCGGCAUCGCCUUCGUGAAGUUCAAGAAUGUCGAGCACGCCGAGAACGCGGUGGACGCGCUGAACGGCACGACUGUGAAUGGACAUCAGAUCACCGUGCGCGUGGCGAACUCGCGUGCCGCCUACCUGCCAGGCAAUCCCACGAACAAGACCUUUGUGCGCAACGUGCCGCUGACCGUUUCACGCACGACGCUGUUUGAGUACUUUGCUCAGUUCGGCGAGGUCACUGACCUCUCUAUUAAAUCGGACACUGCACAGGGUCGUCACAACCCCUCUGGCCGCUCCGCCAGCACCACUGAAGACGGCGCUGACGACAAGCUGAACAUUGUCUUCAUCACCUACUCGACCAAGGAGGCAGCCGCCAAAGCCGCCGAGGCGACACACACGAAGACACCGUUCAAGGAGUGCAACGGUGUGCCGCUGUUGGCAAAGGUCGCCGAGGACACAGUGCGCCGCAUGGAGCGUCUGUCGCGUCGCCAGCGCCCCGCUACGGGGGCCGAGGGGACGAGGGAAGUGAGCACAUCGAGUAGUUCCACCAACGUCGCGUCGAUGAGUAGGUUCGCCGCGCCGUCGAUGGGUGCUGCGCUUCCUACCGGCAUGAUGAUGCCACCGAUGAUGCCCAUGGCAGGUAGCUUCCCUCCUGGGACCUUUGUCUCCGUUCCCACCAUGGGUAACACGCCGGACCUGACCGCACCUACGAUGAUGCCCGCGAGCGUGGCAGGGGAUCAUAUGACGGCCUUACGCGAUGCCAGCGGCAACCCCAUCUACUCCCCGGCACAACCGAACCCCGCCACCGCGACUGGUGGAAUGGCGUAUGCCAUGCCCGGAAACAUGGCGCAGCCCAGUAUCUUCUUUAGCGCUCAGCCACCACCGCCGGCGAUUAACCAGUCACCACCGCAGCAGUCUCAGCAGCAGCCGCAGGCACAACCGCAAACUUUGUACAUAAGCACCCCGAAUGGCUUUGUGCCAGCCCCGCAGCAGCACCAGCAGCAGCAGCAGCUUCCGCAGCCGCCGCCGCCGCAGCAGCAGCAGCCGCUGCAAUUCUUCCCAGCACCGCCACUACUGCCGCAGGUGCCGCAACAGUCGCAGCAGACAAUGCCGAUGCCAGGGGCUGCACCUGGCCAGCUUGUGUACAUGCAAACCCCGAACGGAUCGAUGAUGCCGGUUAUGUACGGCGGUGCGCAGCCGGCAACAGCGUCGAUGCUACCGACCCAGCAGAUGAACCCUUACUUCGUGAUGAUGGGAGGACAGCCACCUUCAAACCAGUAG